CGUCAGAUCCGAACCGAACUUGCGUUGUGUAUGCCUAUUUAUUUAUUAAGAGAGCAUCGUCGAACCGAUGGUGCUUGCUAGGUCGGAGGGGAAACCUAGUUGACGGCCUUCACCGGAAAAUCGUCGGCAGUAAGACGGAAAGGAUGGACAGCGAGGGGGACUUAGAUGCGCCGGAGGAGCUUACUUCGGCGCAGGGCAUCAAGCAAGAUGUACAAAUAAGAAAAAUUCAGAGAGAUAAUAAGAUCAGAGUGGUUCAGGAAGGUAAAGAGAGGAGGCGGCAAUGGGCACAAAGGAAAAUUCAGUUUAAAUCCGACAAGGAGAGCGUGCCAGAAGCGAAAGUGGAGGCCCCAGCUAUUCGUGGAAUGUUGCCGAGUAACAUAGUCGAUCUCCUUGCAGCCCGUGAGAAGCAAACUUUCACAUCCGAUUCUGAAGAGGAAGUAGUGAAUCAUAAGCCUGCUAUUUUGAAGAAAAAGAAGAAAUCUUUUGGGCCUGAAACUGUUCUUCUAGAGGAAAUUCCGCCUGCCCAGUGCUUGGAGAACUCCAUGGAGUUCCUGAAGAGAAGAAAAAUGAAGGUUUCAAGGUCCAAUUCUGUGCUUAUAAAUGCAAAACAAGCUUUGCGUCUCCUCUCUACACCUGGAAAUUUACUUAGCAAAGGUUAAUCAUGUAGCAGAAUGCAAGAACAUGAUUCAUGUAAGGCGCACUAAUGAACUUAUUACUUGUCCUUUUAAUGUCCAGUUAGGAAGUAGAAAUCAGUGUUAAAAGAGUAUCUAUCCAUGCUUCGAUAGAACUAUAGAAGGGGUUUAUUUGAUGCAUAAAGCUUUUAACUAUAUGGUUGUGAUAUAUGCAGCUUUAUUUAGUAGAUAGGAUAAUUUUGGACUGAAUUUGUGAACUACAAAUUAUGAUGAAAAUAAUGUGGCAUUUUUGGAUUUUUUUUUU